UGCACGUGUUUGCUCUGUCGGUUCUUCAGAAAAGCCUGGAGUUUAGAGAACUUUGAUAUCGGACGAGCUCUCGGCAAAGGCAAGUUUGGGAGCGUGUAUCUGGCCAGGGAACGUCAGACCAAGUUUAUUCUGGCUCUGAAGGUUCUGUUCAAAAAGCAGCUGGAGAAAGCAGGCGUAGAGCAUCAGCUCCGGAGGGAGGUGGAGAUCCAGUCUCAUCUCAGACAUCCCAACAUCCUGCGUCUCUAUGGUUACUUUCACGACGCUGCUCGUGUCUAUCUCAUCUUGGAGUUUGCCCCAAAAGGAGAGCUGUAUGGUGAGCUCCAGCGCUGCGGCACCUUUGAUGAUCAGCGCAGUGCCACGUAUAUAAUGGAGCUCGCUGAUGCUCUGAACUACUGCCACUCAAAGAACGUCAUCCACAGAGACAUUAAACCUGAGAACCUGCUGCUGGGAGCCAAUGGGGAGCUGAAGAUUGCAGACUUUGGUUGGUCUGUCCACACUCCGUCCUCAAGGAGGUCGACACUCUGUGGGACGCUGGAUUAUCUUCCUCCAGAGAUGAUCGAAGGCAAAACUCACGAUGAAAAAGUGGAUCUGUGGAGUCUGGGUGUUCUUUGCUAUGAGUUUCUGGUUGGUCGGCCACCUUUUGAAACAAAGACCCACGAAGAGACGUACCGCAAGAUUUCCAGGGUGGAAUUUACAUAUCCAGCUCAUGUGAGCGAAGGCAGCAGAGAUCUGAUCAAUAGACUACUAAAGCACAACCCAAUGCACAGACUUCCCAUCCAGCAAGUCCUGGUUCAUCCCUGGGUUGUGGAGAACUCCGUCAAAAAG